CAACUUUGGUCGCAAUUACACACGCCACCGCCUCCGUUCACCAACCCUUUUCUCCCGACCAAGGUUUGGAGGAACCCACCGCUUCUGGAUUUUAGAAACACACCAACCCCACAAAAUUAGUCCGUGCGCUUUGAAAGAGUAAGACGAAAGAGGAGAGAGCUUAUAAAUAGCUAGACUCUGGCAGCGAUUUCCACGUCCACCAUUCCACUCUGAGCUCUGUGGCAUUUAUCUCAUUCCACCUGCAAGAAGAUGGAUACCUUCCUCUUCACCUCAGAGUCCGUCAACGAGGGCCACCCGGACAAGCUGUGUGACCAGAUAUCAGAUGCCAUACUCGACGCCUGCUUGCAGCAAGACCCUGACAGUAAGGUCGCAUGCGAGACAUGCACCAAGACCAACAUGGUCAUGGUAUUCGGAGAAAUCACCACCAAGGCUGAGAUCAACUACGAAAAGAUCGUCCGGGACACAUGCAGAGAGAUUGGCUUCGUCUCGGCAGACGUCGGCCUGGACGCUGACAACUGCAAUGUUCUCGUGAACAUAGAGCAGCAGAGCCCGGACAUAGCUCAGGGUGUUCAUGGCCAUCUCACCAAGAGGCCCGAGGAGAUCGGUGCAGGUGAUCAGGGCCACAUGUUCGGGUAUGCUACCGAUGAGACUCCUGAGCUGAUGCCCCUCACCCAUGUCCUGGCCACAAAGCUAGGAGCAAGGCUCACUGAAGUCAGGAAGAACGGGACGUGCCCAUGGCUGAGGCCAGAUGGGAAGACACAGGUUACUGUAGAGUACAAAAAUGAAGGAGGUGCAAUGGUUCCACUGAGAGUUCACACUGUUCUUAUCUCCACACAGCAUGAUGAGACGGUCACAAAUGAUCAGAUAGCAGCAGAUCUGAAGGAGCAUGUGAUCAAGCCUGUGAUACCAUCCAAAUACCUUGAUGGGAGGACCAUAUUUCACCUGAACCCAUCGGGCCGCUUUGUCAUCGGCGGGCCGCACGGCGAUGCAGGGCUCACAGGAAGGAAGAUCAUCAUUGACACUUAUGGAGGGUGGGGAGCUCAUGGAGGUGGUGCAUUCUCUGGCAAGGACCCAACCAAGGUGGACAGAAGUGGUGCUUACAUAGUUAGGCAGGCGGCCAAGAGUGUGGUUGCAUCCGGCCUGGCUCGCCGCUGCCUGGUUCAGGUCUCCUAUGCAAUUGGAGUGCCUGAGCCACUCUCUGUGUUUGUCGACACCUACAAGACAGGGAAGAUCUCGGAUAAGGACAUACUGAAUCUGAUCAAGGAGAACUUUGAUUUCAGGCCUGGGAUGAUAGCUAUCAAUUUGGACCUGAAGAGGGGAGGAAAUUUCAGGUACCAGAAGACUGCUGCUUAUGGUCAUUUUGGACGUGAUGAUCCAGACUUCACAUGGGAGACAGUCAAGCUGCUCAAGUAGGAAACUGAGGCAAUUUUUGUGCUGAAGGACAACUAGGCCUGUUGGCUGAGAAAGCUUCCAUCACUUUCUGUGUUUCUGUUUGGCCUCUAUUUACUGUUUCAAAGUAUGUUGUGGGAAUAAAUACGCAUCUGGGGUAUUGCUUCUGCAUGUAAGAGGAUUGGUCCGAUGAGACUAACCUGAAAACUACAGAAUGGAAAAAGGAAUUGCUUGAUUUCUAACUUCA